GUCUCCGAAAAGCUAUGACAGCACAGACCCUAGAAGUUUGACUUUUUGACUUGCAUCUAAAUUUCAGCAACACAAAUUUAGUUCUUUCCUAUAAUAUAUCAUGUAAUGAUUGCAACACUAAAUUUGCAUUUUUUCUUAGGGUAUUUUCUGUGCCUGACAGCAUAAAUUCCAUUGACAAUGAUAUAUACUUUUCGGACAUAAAAACUAAGUGGGAAUAAUUAAUAUCAUUGGGAUAUUUAAACACUUAAUAUAUUUAUGAAGAACUAACAUGUAGAAAGAAAAUUCUACGAAAAUAAUUUGUUCUUAUCGACUAGAUACAAUAGACGAACUGUGUUAGAAGUAGAAGUAGACAUCAAUCUACCACAGUCUUACAAUCUACUCAUAAAAUAUGGGACUAGUUCAAAUGCUUUCACGCUUCCUGAAUACAGUAAAUAUUCAAUAUCUACAUUAUUCACUGCUUUUAACCAAUGAACAUAUCUUCAAAUCUAUUUUUAUAAAAUCAUUAGAGAUAACAACCAAGAUAUUUUGUAGGACAAACAUAUUUAUAAUACAGAGCUGUGCUUUGGUGAAAAGUGAGUGGGUAUAAAACUUUUAAAUUAAGAGUGCCACAUUUAUCAACGUUCUCAAACUUUAUGGUUUGUUUAUUGGUUUUAUUCAAAGAUAGGAUAUAUUUAUAUAUAUAGUUUAUAAGGAAGUUCAACAUCAUAUGAAGGAACGCGGGAAACACAAACUAAUAACACUAUGAUAACAUGUUAUUAAAAGUUAUUACUGCAUUUAUAAUCCAAAGGUUGGAUGGAUGAGUAAAAGUAUUUGAAGUGUAGUGCAAAUAUUGACAGUAUCUCUACAUAGACUUUUUUUCCAAGGAUUUUCCCACAUUUCAGUAGUUCAUUACAAGUUUUGAAUUUGUGGGUAACUAUGGUUAAAUACAUUCUUGGUAUCGAUAUAGGCACCACGUCUGUGAAAGUAUGUAUUGUUAAUAAAGAAACUCACGAUGUAGAAGCUCAAAAUAUUAAAGAUACUCAAUCUAAUAUACCAAGUGAUACUGGUCCAGGAGGUAAUAAACAGGAUGUUUCAAAAAUUGUUUACGCUAUAAAUUUGUGUGUGUCCAAGCUGCCCAAACAUUUACUUCAAGAGGUAUGUGAAAUUGGUAUAUGUGGACAAAUGCAUGGUGUUUUGUUUUGGAAAAAUGAUAGCGAAAAGAGAGCAUGGGAAAUUAUAGAAAAAGAUACCUCAGUAAGAUAUGAUGUAUCUCUCGAUAGAGUUUCUGCUUUAUACACGUGGCAAGACAAUAGAUGUGAUCCCUCUUUUCUAAGUACACUACCUGUUCCUGAAUCUCACUUAAAUGUUUCUACAGGAUUUGGAGUCGCUACAAUCUUCUGGAUGACUAAAAACAAACCCGAGAAACUUAAAAGAUUCAACCACUCGGGCACAAUAGCAGAUUUUGCAGUGGCCAUGUUGUGCAAUUUAGAUCGACCAGUUAUGUCCUGUCAAAAUGCAGCAAGUUGGGGAUAUUUUAACUGUAGAACGUCAGAAUGGAAUAUUGAUAUUUUGAAAAAUGCGAAUUUUCCCGUUGAAUUACUGCCUGAAGUUAAAGCAAGCGGUAAAAUAGCCGGAUAUUUAGCUGGAAAUUGGCAUAGCGUACCAAAGGGAACACCAGUUGGAGUUGGUCUCGGUGAUCUUCAGUGUUCGGUAUUGUCAACAUUAGAAACACUUGAAGACGCAGUUCUGAAUAUCUCCACUUCGGCUCAAAUAUCUUUUGUAGUAGACAGCUAUGUGCCUAACAAUGGUCCUCCAGAAGUACUACCUCUUUACUAUUGGCCCUAUUUUGGACAACAGUAUGUAGCGGUUGCGGCUUCAUUGAACGGGGGUAAUAGUUUGGCUACGUUUGUGAAAAUGUUGCAACAAUGGGUGAUGGAGUUAGGAUUUAACGUACCUCAAUCGAAAGUUUGGGAAAAAUUACUUGCCAUUAGUAUAGAAGAUUCAGCAGUAUCAGAUCUAGAAAUAAGACCAACUUGUCUAGGAGAGAGAUAUAAUCCGGAUUUAGCGGCUUCGGUUUCAAAUAUUCAUGUCGGUAAUCUUGGAUUGGCACAAGUUUUUAGAGCAUUAUGUCGAGGUCUUAUGGAGAAUUUACACAGUAUGAUACCAAGGGAAGUAUUGCAGAGUGCGAAAAUUACUCGAAUUGUAGGCAACGGUUCUGGUUUAUCUCGGAACAAGAUUCUACAAAAAGAAGUCGAAAAGCUUUAUCAAUUACCCUUGGUAUUUACAAAAGGAGGUGAUGCUGCGAAGGGUGCAGCUCUUGCGGUUCAUUUGCAUUCGAACACAUAAUUUUUAAUAUAUAUUUAGUUCAAUAGCAUUUGCUCAAAAAAUUCUGCAAACAUUAAGCCUGCUUGAAUAUGUGUUAAUUUAAUUGAUAGUUUACUAGUUUAUACUCAAAACGAAUGUUUAUUAUGUUCUAAUUGUUAGUUUUAUCAUGUUUUCACAUCGGUAAAAAAGGAUACGAUUUCUUGUGCUCAAAAAUAUUGUAAUAAUACAUAUUAUUAAGACUAUUUUAGUUUUUCCCACCGACAGUUUCUCUCGGCGGUGGAUGAUAAAACUUCUUUCUUUUAUUACUUAUUUAUCUUUUAGUAUUUUCAAAUACGUUUCCAAAACAAUUUUGAAAUUCCCAAAAUCUUUUAAUUACAUAUCCAAAAAUAUAAUAACACUUCUUUUUUAACUCUAAAAUCUUCUUCAUAUGAGAUUAUUUUAUAUUUCUUUCUGCUUGUUCCCAUAAAUAAAUAGAAAUUGAAAUAGUUGUGUACUCUAUGGGAUAAAUUACCCCUUUAUUCCAUGUCUUCUUACUUCUUAAACAGAAAAUUAAUUUCAAAUUAUGUUCAUAGAUACUAUUUAUCAAUUGGUCAGUCAGGUAGAGAUUUUUUAAUGCUCAUUUAAGUUAAUACACUUUCUUGUUCUUAAAAAAUUUGUUUUGAAAAUGCUUAUUAGUAAAACUAUUCCAGUUUAUACCCAUCAACAUUUAAGGACAAAACUAAAAUUUAAUAUUUAUCAUCAAAAUCUCCAUGUUUGGUUUGUGCCUAGGAAGUAACGUGUAUUAUCAAUAUUUAUCAUGUUUUUGAAUCAGUUUUGAAAUGUCAAAAAUGUAUUUAUUACAUAUCCAAUAAUAAUACUGCUUUUCAUUAUUAUCAUUUGAUAUCUAGUUCUUGAUGUUUAGCCAAAACGAGAGGUUGGUAUCUUCAGAAGCUGUGAUCGUUACGACCGAAGACAGGUACUCGACAACAAUCGUAACGAUCUAACAGUCGGCUCAGUCUGUCGUAGUUACCCAAGAAUAGUUCACCAAUAGGAUUGCUCAAUAAACUGAAUGUGUCUGCCAUGUGCGUGCGAAAAAUCGCCAUACGUGACGUCACCUGCAGACCUCGACCGGUCUUAACUCUUUGUUGAGCUAGACUAUUUGAUGAGUUUAAAGGCCAAUUUUAACAAAAAUACAGUUAUUUUUUUAAGUUUUAUUCAUUAUUAUGAAUUAAUAUUAAUUUAAAAUCCAAUUUCCAAUUAUUCAGUUAAUUUUAAGUUCCAUUUAUAAGCUUCACUUGUUGAUUUUUUUGAAUACAAUCCCAAAGUAGGAACAGCGGUUUUUUUCAAUAUUUUUCGUAGUGGUAAACCUAAAAUACAUAUACAUAUUAUAUAUAUUUAUGAACAAAUUGAGUUACUAAAUUUCAUUACCAAAAUCAUUUUGGGACAGUAUAGACUUUGAAAGCUAUAAACUAUUACACUAAACAAUUAAAUAAUUCACCAACCUAAUAAUUCAUUCUGUAAGUCUCUUUCAUAAUCCUUUUCUGUGAAAUGAAUUGAGCAGAUGUAGCUAGUAUCAGGGUUAAAUUUAUCUUCCUGUUUGCAUCGUAAUAUCCAUUCUUUUCUCAUAGUUUGGGAAACAAGAUAUUUAGCUUUGGGAAACCGAUGAAAUAUAAAAUAUUCAUGUUCUUGCUGCCUUGUUUUAUAGGUAUUACCACAACCAUACACAGCACAACGUGUACCAGGCAUUUUGAUUUUUGGACAUAUACUACAUGCACUAAAAUCAAACAAAGUUUCAUUUAGCAAAAAAAAAGUAAAAUAAAAAUCUAGAUUAGUUGCUGGACAAAUGCAAACCAACCGACCAAAAACGCUGUUAUGAUUCGCCCAUUUUUUUAAUUUUUUAUUGUGGUGUAUAAAGAAUAGAAAUUUAAAUAAGCCAAUUAAAUUGUCAUUUCUGCUCAGUUGGUUUUCUUUCAGCCAGUAACUGACUUGGAUUUUAAUUUUUAUUUUGCUAUUUAAAUCCAGCUUUAAUAUAACAAAACAUUUUUACCUACCCUUGAAAGUCUCACAAGAUUAUUUUGCCUUAAACAAUAAUAUUGUCUUUGUUCACUAUUCUCCACAUAUAUAAUACACACAAAUAAUAGUUUUUAAAUCGUAGAACUAAGUAAAAAACGAAUUUCCAACUCUUCAAUCACUUGUACGACCUUUUCGAAUUAACAAAAACACAAGCAAUACCGCACAGCGUAAAUGGUAAACAAGCCGUCGAGGUCUGCAGGUGACGUAAGCAUCACUUGACCUUGGCUCAAGAAUUGGCGUAUGUACGUCUUAUGGGAUUGAUCAAUCCUAUUGGUGAACUAUUCUUGGUAGUUACCCAUAGGUUAGCUUCAACCUGCUAGUCUGGACUGUUCCUGGAAGCGUUUCUAUGAUAUUUUCGCGUAAUCUAUGACUAUGUACGAUUCUCGUAACAGUACUCGCUAUCUGCCAAGUAUCGAAAGGACCGUCCCGGAAACGGUUUACAAACGAUGCCUAAGUCAGUUGGAACACAAAACAAAAUUGUUCGUCUAACCGUAACUGCCCUAAUGGAAUACAUAAUCUCUACUGCGCAAAAUCGUCUCCGUACCAAUGACGGUUCUUCGAUGGUUUUGGGUUGGAACGAACCUAAUAAAUAUGAAAUACCUUAAAAAAUUGAUAAAAAACAUAAAAUUUUCGAAAAACAAACAAGAAAACAUCUCACAAAAAACUCACAACAAAUUCCCAAACCGAGAAGAAUUGUUUUUACUUAUUAGAGCUCUCUUUUCGUUUUUUCUCUGGCCAAUGGUCGUUCGCUUUUCCUCUUUCCAAGCCACAAUUUUUGGUAAUUUCCUGUAAUGGGCUGGUACUCCUGAAUAACAGUUUCACUUUGACAGUUGACUGGACGAUGCAUUAUUCGAUCAUGUGUGAGGGUGGUGUAUAAGUUUGUUUCUGACUUAAGCAAACUUUCUAAUUCAUCUGAUUUCCAAAGUCAACUGUCAAACAUGAAUCAGUGCCACUAACCGACCUUGCUUGAAUAAGAAGCCUUCUGUUACUGAGACAUUGUUUACUAAUUGGCCAGUCAGGUAGAGGUUAACGAUAUCAUAUAUUGCAAUAAUUAGAAAACAGGGUAAAUUAUACAUAUAAGUAAGAGUUUUUAUAAUAAAUAUUUUUUUUCUGUUGUAUAGUAAUAUUGGAAUAUAUUUAUAUAAACAAACUGGUAUUUCAUCUAGUUUCCAAGCGCUUAGAGGCACUUAUUGAGAUUAGACUACUUAGAUGUUGAUUCAUACAAUUGAUUGAAAAGGAAACGUAAAUGAUCUUAUCAGGUACAUGAUUGAACUAAAACAAUUAUAUGAAGGGGUUAUAAUAAUGUUAAAUUUCUAAAUGUUAAAUUGGUUCCAGAAAAUUCCAAAAUCUUUGAGAUUAUUAAGACUGAGGAUUAUUCAAAACAUCAUUUGUCCAGUCAAUAACCAUUUUCUCGUGCAUUUAUCACCUACAGUAUCGAUUUUCAUAAAUAUUUGGAAUCAGCUUCUCACUAUCAAGACUGUUAUAUUUCAAAAAUUGUUUAUCGACUUUAAUGUAAAGUAUUUACAGAUAAUUACACACUCAAAAUUAAUAUUAUAUGAAUUUUUCGAAUAGGGGUACUUUUUACUCCUUAUAAAUAAAAAUGAGCCCCCGGCAUAAGCUUAAAGUAACGGGUGAAUAGAACCAAACUCAAAAUUUAUAUGAAAAUCGAUACUGUUUAAUGAGUUAAAUAACUACUUAAUAACAAGUUUAUUAUUCUUUUUUAAUGAUAUCUUUCAUAAGGAGUGGUUGUUAAGGGCCGAAACUGCUUAAUAAAUCAUAUUUAAAAUUGUCAAUUGACAUUCAUUUAACUGAUAUAAAUAUAUUUUCACUUAAUUCCAUGCACAAAAAAAACGACAAAUGAACAAAAUACUUUGAAAACAAAAAUUAGUCAAAAUUAGCAGGUGCAGUCUUUCAAAAAUAUCUCGUAUACACUGCGACCCAAAGGAUCUAUUGCUGCGAUACCCUUUUUUUUUGAAAAGUCUAGAAUGGGAAUGGCUUUAAUUGCCAGAGAUCUUCUAUUUCAUAUGUACCCAGAUGUAGUGCUCUAGAGUGUUUCACAUUUCGGUAGAUUGUGGAUAAAGGUUUCGUACUUUGUGCAACAAAAUCUGCAUUUGUAUAUUAUUCAAAGCUGCUUUAAAAAAUUGGUUUGAUGUGCAGUUGAACCAGCAGCCAUGAUAUUCUUCGUCGUCCUAUACCUCUCUUUACCUGCAACAAUACCAAUCUAUGGAAUUGGUAUUGUACCCUCAAUAAUUCUCUUUGUGUCGCCAUUUUGAGUAAAACUUCUCUAUUAUACGUAGUAUUUUUCUCAAUAUCCACAUUUCAAAGGCUUCCAGUUUUUUCAUUAUUAUAAUUCGUUAUUCAAGUUUUUACAUCAAAAGAAGUUUCAUGCCCUGCGAGCAAUUUCAAUUCUUAGUUUUAUCUCUUCAGUGCUGUCAUUUCUCGAAUCAAUUCAAGUCCCUAGAUAUUUGUAUUUUUGUACUUUUUAAAUGUGGUUGUUUCCAAUUUGUAACUGUUCAUGCUGAUCUUACAUUUUUCAGAAGUGCAUGUAUUUAGUUUUAUUUAAAUCCAUGUGUAGCCCAUACUGCACGCUGUCUCUCGAGGCUACUAAAAAUACGUAAAAUUCAUUACAUUUGUGUAAGAAUGGGUACUACAUUCAGGCCGGGCGCAAGUUGAUACGCAGUCAACAUGUACAGAUCAGCACAGCUUCUGUAACUCUUUUUGUCUAAUGGAAUCGCGCGAAUUAAGAGGUAGGACAGUACUGCGCCGGACGUGGCCAAUGUGGCACUCGUGAAUGUCACACAGAAACUGCGCCACACUCGCCUAGUUGCCUACAGGUGUUUAUGGAAAAUGGAAACACGCGAAGAAAAAUUGAUUGAACUAUUGCGAGUAUUAUCUAUAUAAUAGAAGUGACCCGAACUAUAUGAAAAUGAAAUUGAAACCUUCGUCAAAAUGUUAUUGUUCUUAUUAAGAGGCAACGAAGCCUUAUUUAUUACAUGUGAUUUGAUUUAUUAACCACGUACCUCAACACAGUCGAAAUUAUUUUUUUUACAUCAUUCAAAUAAGAAGACAUAAAAUUAGACAAUCAUAACUUGGUCACUAAUUAGAAUAUUAGAUAUUGGAACCAUUAUAGGAAUCAACCUAAAAAAACAUAUUUUUGUUUUAUUAUUUUAACCAAGAAUAUUUUAAAGAAUAUUUAAAAAUGAGUCAAAUAGCUUAAUCUAAUUCUUUAUUAAAUAGUAUUGUGAUUCUAUGGAAAAUUUCUGUUUUUUUAUGAUGAUGCUAUAAUAUAAUCAAUUUUGCUAUUUUGGAAUUGUUGUAAUAUAACAUUAAUUACCUAUGUUCCUGUAAAAACUUGAAAUUUAUUUUUUCGGGAAAUAUAUUCCAGAAACUAUUUGCAAUGUUUUAAAAAUAACACUAAAUAAUUAUUGACUGUGGACAUAUUGUUUACUUAUUUUCCAGCUUAUUGCAUUUUAAUUUAUUUUUUGAAUAUUUACGAGGUUUACCUGUGGAUUUCUGUAGCGUUUAUCUAAUUUGCAAUCAAUCUCUCAAAAAUGGAAAUAGAAAAUACGUUACAAAUAAUAGUUAUUUAUGCAAUAAUUACAAAAAGUGUUUAUUGCUCGCGACGUGAACUUGCUGUUAGGCCGAGUUUGGCAAUACGUCGAGUGCACACACUUUUUGCACAAGUUACAUUCAAUUAUUUUUCUACGUUCAUGAAAAAAAAAUGUUUUAUUUAGGAGUAGAAAAAUAAAAAACGUAAUUUAAGUGCAAAAUAGUGAAUAAUUAAUUAACACCAUCGGUUACCAUUGAGAAAAUUAUUAUUAUAUUAUAAUUAAUAUUAAAAGUAAAUGUACAAUUUUCGCAAUUUUCAAUAUUAGUAUUUCUUGUGAAUAAUUGGGACGUAAUUUCGUGUAUUUAUGGUAUAUAUCGAUCAAAUUUAGUCCUUCUUCAACCCCACCUCGAAUGAAAAACUUCGUUUCUUGUUAGUUUUUGAAUUUGGCACCUCUAUAUUUAAUAUUGAACCUACUUCUAUGUCUUUAAUACUCAAUUUUUGGAGCUCAACUCUACGCCAUGCCCCCGCAAGGCCAAAUAUAGCAGCAACCUACAACAAGUAAUUUUAAAAUGUGUUCCUAAAGCUAAACAAUAAUUACUGACUUACUUUUUUCAUCAAAUACUGGGAAUUCGGAGUUUAGAAAUUGAUAAAUGUGUCCCCUAUUAAAUACUUCUGACUUCCGAGAGUUCUGCUUCAUAAAUGCCAUAAGUUUUUUGUAAUUUUUAAUAUUAAUAUCUUCUUUUGUAGAAAGGCAAGCUCUCACCAUUGAGUACUCAGACCAAAGUAAUGAGAGCUUAAUAUAUUAUUAUAAGUUUUUUUGAAGAAUUAUUUACGUAGUCGUAUGACAAAUAGUGUACACAACUCGAUGGAAAGUAUAUUCGCACUCGUUACGUUUCAGUACUCGUCGUUACGCAGCUCAUGCAAAACAGUAACUAGUGCGAUAUGUAUCAGUUUCCAAACUCGUUGUGUAAUAUACUAUUCAAGACCUAAACUUUUUCAUACUUAAAACAUGAAAACUUGAAAAUAUUUACAGUUAUUUUUGUAACUGUUGAUUGUAGUCUAUUUACAAUUAUCAGUAUUAAUUAUAUAUAUCCACAUUAAGAAUUUUAUUCUGUACUUUCUUGCUUGUUGAUGUUUAAUCUAAAACUUCAAAAAUAAUUGCCAAUAGCUUGCCAUUAUAAAUCAGAAUAAAAACUUGUCAAAUAGCGUUUAAACACCAACACAAUUAGUUUAUUUUUAGCGAAUCUGAAUCGAUCUUUUCUACAGCAUGUAAUUUAUUCAUUCAUAGUAAAAUAAAGUAUUAAUAACCAGA